CAGAGCACUGAAGGAAAACAGCAGCUUUGCUUCCCAUCAAAAGCUACGUAUUUGAGGGAUGUUUUACAUUUCAUUUCAGCUAACAAAGACACUGAACAUCACCAGAACCAGUCAAGAGAAAUUAUCAGGAUGUUGCUGGAGAGAACUGUUUGUCCGCAAAGGAUUUAUGGCCUACAAGAGGACUGUAAUUUGUGCCUUCUGUCUGAUACUUUGAUAUUAAUUGCUGGAGGAGAUUUAAAAACUCAUCUUACUGAACAAGUAUUGCAAAAAAUGUCCCUCAUUCUUUUGUACUAUAUCGUUCAUUCGAUGGAAAUUUGUGCAUCAACUCUCCAUCUAAAGACCAGAGAUUACAAUGCUUUCCUUAAUGGCAUGCUCAAUUUAGGAAGUAAUGAAGACUCACAUUAUUUCUCUCAGAAUGAAAUGGAAUAUGUUCCGGAGAAAAGAAGGAAGCAUUUUAAAAUGCCUGAAAAUCAGUGUAUUGAUGUAAGUAUACUAGAGGAAGAAGCUGCUGCAUACAGCAGUGGCGCUGAUGAAAAGACCACUCCCCAUCUGGCUGCUGCUAUUCUUACAAUGGCUCUGAAAGGAAUGUGCCUAUAUGAACCACAUUAACCCAUGCCAGAAUACUUUAUGAAAUAGAUUUUCCAUUGCUUGAACAGCACUAAUGAACUUCAUCUUCAAAGACUUGCUUUCAGUAACUAUCCAUUAUCUCCCACACAGACAUGUUUCUCUGCAAAUGAGGUUGCAAAGAUAUUUUUACAUGGUAGGAGUCUGUUUGUUUCUAAAGAACAUUUUAAUCAAAUGAGCCUGGCCAUUAUUCAGCAAUUAUUAAGUUACAGAUGCCCAAACUGCGAACCUAAUUCUUUAAUGGCUCCCAAGCAGUGCUCAAGGGAUGGAACAAUUUUGCAAAUGUAUGGAAUCAUAAUGAACUUCCCUACAUCUCUGGAAAAAUAUAGCUAUAGCACUCUUGCUGUUUUGGUCAUUACAAUUGGAUCUAUCUUUGUGAUGGCUCUCAUUCUAUUAAAUUCAAAUUAAGAAUAGUAUACUCUGAUUUUACAGCUCUUUGUGAGGUUAGCUGUAGGAACCUUCUCUGGAGAUGCCCUGCUAUAUAUUAUUCCACAAGUAUUGGGCUUGCAUAAUCAAAGGAUUAGCUUGCUUGCUAUUAUGAUUCUAGUGGGUGACAGUCUUCACAAUUUUGCUGAUGGCUUCAUCACAGGGGAUUUUGCAGUGUUAUUAAGUACAGAGCUUUCUUCAAAGAUUGCCAUUUUAAUGAACUUCAUAAGUGCCCUAACUGCUUUCAUAGGGCUUUGCAUUGGCCUUUCAGUAUUGACAGAUUCUCGCAUUCAAAACUGGAUAUUUACCGUCAUUGCCGGAAUGUUUUUGUAUUUAUCAUUAGUGGAAAUGCUUUCUUAAAUGACUCACAUACAGACACAACGACCCUGGUUGAUGUUUCUCCUACAGAACCUUGACUUAUUAUUAGGUUGGCUGUGCCUUUUCAUUCUAGCUAUAUAUGAACCAAAGAUUAGAAUAUAA